UCAGGGCCUGCGGGGCCUCCAGCGCCAUGCCUCUCCCGAGCGCGGUGCUGUGCGGCCGCCUCCAGCCGGCCCUGCUCCGCUCGCGCACGCUCAGGUCCGCACAGAGCCGAAGCUGCCAAGGAAGCGGAGGAGCCCCGGAUUGGGGCGCGCGGCCUGGGCCUGGAGCGCGCGCUGACGCUGCGGCAGUCUCUGUCUCCAAGAAGGCUCGAGCGGAGGAUGGCACUUCUCUGCGCUUCGUGCGGCUCUCGGAGCACGCCACGGCGCCCACCCGCGGCUCCGCGCGCGCUGCAGGCUACGACCUGUACAGUGCCUAUGACUAUACAAUAUCACCCAUGGAGAAAGCCCUUGUGAAGACGGACAUUCAGAUAGCUGUUCCGCCUGGGUGCUAUGGAAGAGUAGCUCCACGUUCUGGCUUGGCUGUAAAGCACUUCAUAGAUGUAGGAGCCGGUGUCAUCGAUGAAGAUUAUAGAGGAAAUGUGGGCGUCGUGCUGUUUAAUUUUGGAAAGGAGAAGUUUGAGGUGAAAAAAGGUGAUCGGAUUGCGCAGCUCAUCUGUGAGCAGAUUUCUUAUCCAGACUUAGAAGAAGUGCAAACCCUGGAUGACACUGAGAGAGGCUCAGGAGGCUUCGGCUCCACGGGAAAGAAUUAAAACUAAAACAUACUGUGCUGUUUCAACACUGGACAGAGGAGCUUUGACUCUGGGAGCAUUUCGUGGUCUAGGCUACAGAAAGGAGACCUAACACGUAGGACCUGUUCUGUUCUCUGGUUGAUGGUCGCCUGUAAAUCUGCAUGGUGAGGAUGGCAUUGACAUGCAGACUUGGUAAAACCAAGGGUAUAAUUAGAGUUUUUUGUUUGUUUAUUUGUUCUCGAAUUGCUGUAUCAUUUGUAAUUUUUUUUUUAUACAAUAAAGUUGAAGUCUUUAGCAGA